AUGGAUGACAACAAGAUAAUGGCUGGAAAAGUGAAGAAACCUGGGAAACGUGGUCGGAAACCUGCUAAGAUUGACUUAAAGGCCAAACUGGAGCGCAGCCGUCAGAGCGCCCGCGAAUGCAGAGCCAGAAAGAAGCUGCGUUACCAAUACCUGGAGGAGCUGGUGUCGAGCAAGGAGAGGGCCAUAUGUGCUCUGAGAGAGGAGCUGGACAUGUACAAGCAGUGGUGCUCAGCUAUGGACCAAGGAAAGAUUCCCUCUGAGAUAAAGGCCUUGCUGACGGGCGACGAGCAGAAGAUCUCUCAUAACGGAAGCAACACAAAAGCAUCAAAGAACAGCAAAGUAGCCGCGGACAAGCCCGAGCGCAGAAACGAGUAA